AAUUGCGUUCCCUGCCGAAUCGCUUGCGUGCGUAGAUCCACUGCACGGUGAUGGAAUUUAGACUCGGUAGCAUGUGGGAUUCUCAGUGCUUGAUGCUUCUUUUCUGGUCUGUGAGCGUGGUUUAUUCCGUCGGAGGACAUCUGAAUCAUGACGGCGAAUCUUCGAUUCGACACUCGACAGGCGGAUCCAGCUCCUCGGAAAACUUAUCGGCUGAUUGUUCGGCUUUUGGUCGAGGAGCACCAAGAGCCCGUCGGAGAGGUCGAGAACAUACAGUUCUGGGCCAAGGACUUGGGCACUCUCGGCAGUCGCGUGAAACUGGCGGAGUGCGUUGCCAAAGGAUACGGUAAAGGGCUUCCUGAUUUAGUCCAUGCGAAAUUCGAAGAGCAGGGCAAAGGAGUCACCUCAUUCACGAGUCAAUUGUUCAAGGUCUCAGGUUGCACGAUGCACGAGCGAGGUUCCCCCCCUCCUGAAGACGUUUCUUACCUUCAAAGCGCUGGAAGCUUAUUGUAUUCUUCCCCUCGCAUCGAUCCUGCAAUCUGGGCUUCAUCAAUCAAAUCCGGUAAAAAGAGCAUAGGCUUAGGAGCGAUCCUAGAACCCAUCCUUGUAUACUCCCCGACCAAACAAGAGAAACCAGACCAACGGCUGCAAAUGCCCAUCUGA